AGCGCCACAGUGGUCCCACCCAUCAUCAUUUCAAAGCUGUAGUUCGCAUUUCUUCAUCUGAGACUGUGUUUAUAUUUCUGCGGAUAACGUCGAGCUGUAUUUUGAGCACAACGAAGACGAACGCAAUAAAGCAAAAGAGUGCGUUUUCGCAAAAAAAAACCUUUUUCGAUCGGAUACAAAAUUACUCCGUACUUUCUUACAGCGGUAAUUGAAUGGCUAUUCUGUUCCAACGUAAUAAAAAUAGAUUUCCACGAAACAUUUGAUUGUAGCUUGCUCCGUUGGUUGCAAAAAUAGUAGCAUUAGCAAAGUAUUUCAUCGCAACUUGUAAAGCCGUUCGGUGCAGAACAAGUAAACAAGUAGAGCACGCCGGCGGUUUACAUAAUAUCUAUUUCGAUUUAGAAAAGAAGUUUUCAAGAACAACUCCACUUCUCUAGAAAAGCAAAAUGACAACGUCCUACACUAUCAAUGCGAGCGGGUUUGCCUCGCACCUGUCUCCGUUGAACGGAAGCUACGACCAGCUGCCCGGCAACAACCAUGGAAAGUUGCAGUGGAGAAGAGAAACCACCGGCAUCGAGGGCUGCGACGCGAGCUGUACAGCAUUGUUUACUGGAUGGAAGUUUAUUCAGCCCAGAGCGAAUUUGAGAAUCUUCUUCUUCUUCUUCACGUGUGGAGCUUAUUUAUUCAGCGCCACUCGUUACGUGUGGUCUGGAAUGCGAACGGAACCAGGAGAUCGCACGACAAUUUGUAGGCAGGAUGACGGGGUUUAUAUUAUCUUUACCAAAAAAUACACACAGGCAUUUACUUCUGGGACGAUCGUGAUGGCGAGGCCAUGUCUGGUUGGUGGGUCGCCCCGGUCGUGGGUGGUGAGCAGGUGUGGGCCUUCAACCCGUCCAAGGACCAGAAACCGCCGGCGAGCGGCUGGCGUGUGCCCUGGCACGAGGCCACCCCGGAUCCCGCGGUCAAGCUCCUCCUCUCGCCCGCCGGGGCCAAGCGCCCGGGUAUGGAAGCCACCGACGCACCGCAGGCGAAAGUGCAGAAAACCGAAGGGUAUAAGCAAUUCAAUCGCUUCGUUCUACUUGGGGAAAGAAUUAUGUUAUGGAAAUUGUAACCUACAAUGAACAUGAAGUGCCAGUAAACGCAAAUCAAGCGGACAGCCCUGAUAGUCCUUGUAGUUGCUUGCGUUUUAUUCACCACGACGGGCGUGGAGAUUUUAUGAUAUGCACUACAAGUUUUAGGCUUCUCAGGAGCUUUGACGAAGAGAUGAUGAUGAAGACUCAUAUCACUCUGACAUCCUGCGAAACAACCCCCUUUUCAGAUCUCCCCCCGUGGUCCCCUCCGCGGUACACCCGACUGUCGCCUUGCGUCAGCAGAAGACCCUGCAGAACCUGGAGCAGCAGGUGGGUAACAUCGAGAAGGCGGUGGAAAAGGCGCUGGAGGCGGAUAAAAACAGCGCGGACGCCCAACGCGCGGUGCAGGUGGCCAACAACGCUUUAGCCUCAACCAAGAAGUUUAUUGAGGCCCAGCAAAAACAGGCGUUUACCGGCGACCAGGAAGUGAAGCUCGAUCCGAUCAAGGAUCGCGUGUCCAAGGCCGAGGAACAGCUCGCGGCGCGAGAAAGUAUUGGUUUUUAUUGUCUGCAAAAGAGUUGUUCAUGCGUUCUCUGUGUACUGCUGCUACUGCUUUCAUGUACUUAUAUUUCUAGCCUCGUCACUUAUUUGAAUCAUUGUGGCAAACACUCAAAAGCCAAGGAAGAGAAACAUACAACAAGAUGAUCAAACUCUGCAUCAUCAAAGCGCAAUAUAUUGUCUCAUCAUUUUUUUCACAGAGGAGUGCGCGGACGCCCUGGAGAAGAAGUUUGAGGCCUUGAAAACCGAGAUGGAGCCGCGGCUGAAGGAAUUGGUUGCGGACCUGGAGGCGCAUGUGGAGCAGACCAAAGACGAGACCGUUCUGCUCACGUGCGAGCUGGGCGAGCACUCGUCCCCGGACGACAUUGUGGCCAUCGACGAGAAAGUCGUGAUCACGGAGGCGGCCGCACGAAAGGCCAUGGCUGGCUUCAAGGACUACAUUGGUAUACUUGAUAAACAUUUGACUCUCUUUUAUUUCUGCUUUUUCACUGCGAAGCUUUUUCAAGCAGUAGAUUUAAAAUUGCGAUUCGAUAUAGUCAAUUUUCGUGUUUCAGACCUGAUUAGUACGGCUUGAUAUUGCGCGCGUCGCUAGCAAGAAUUUGAUCCUGUGACAUCUCCCCACUCUGUACCCAGGCGACUUGAACGCGACCUUCCGUGUGCUCGGUGAGGAGAAAGCCAAGGAACUGAAACCGCUCAUCGAAGAGCGCCAGAAGGCCGCGGACCAGUUGAUUAAGGACCUGAACGAGGUGAAGCGCACGAUUGCGGCUCCGAUUGCCAAGGCCAAGAAGGAGAUCCAGCGCAAGAAGGACGAGGAGGAGCGAAAGCGCAAAGCAGAGGAGCAGGAGCGGGUGCGUCGGGAAGCGCAGAAAAAGAGCUUGCGGGCCAACGAAAUCGGCAUGUUCGCCGAUUACCUCGUCAAGGUACUUGAAAGAAUCUUGAGCACUUUUUCUUUUGCUAUUUUUGUACGAGCACGGUAGAAGAUAAAGUAAGAAUUUGGAGGGUGUGGCCUAGUCAAAUGACCUACUGUGCGAUUUUUUAACCUUUCCAAACCACUACAAAAACAGAAAUCCGCGUCGAUUUCUGCUGCGGACGUGACUUUGAAGUCGAUCGCGAACACGCAGUCCGAAGUGCUGGGACUGUAUGACAUCCUGCAGGCGGAUUUGGACCACCCGGACACCAACAUGUCCGGUGGGUUGAAGGGCACGCUGACCAAGGCCCUGAACCGGGUGCGAAAGAAUCUGUCGUCGCUGAACCUGAAGGAGAAGGAGGUCCGCGAGAAGUCGCAGGAGGAGGACGAAAAAUUCGCGGUCUUCCUGUCCAACGCCAUCCACGCUCGGUUGGCGGAAGACGGCAAGUCCAAGGAGGACCUCUUCAAGGCCAUCAGUGAGGGAGCGGAUACGAUCACGUACGAGCAGGCAAUCCGGUUCUUCGUUGACGAUCUGCUGGCUGGUACGAUUUACUCUUUGUUAUUGUUUUGUUUCUAUUGAUUUCCUCUGAAGAAGAGUGCUGAAGAGCGGACGCUCUUUUAGAAAGCGUUUUUGAUUCUGUGCUUAUAUAUUGACUACCCUGUACAAGCCGCAUCAUAAACUAACAUCUUUUUACGUUCAGGUGGCGGCAACGAGAACAUUAUGCUGCUGAAGAAGUACCUGCCGUCCGCGUGGCGCAAGGCAGUGACCUCGCUGCAGCGCCACGAGAAGGCUCUGCAGAACAAGCCGGACGCGACCUGGUCCGAGGAGCAGCGGGCGCAGGCGCAGGCGACCAUCAUGGACUACCAGGCCACCGAGGACGCGGCCGUGCAGGAAAAGCUGUCCAUCCAGGAGUUCGCGCUCUUCAUCAUGGCGGCGCACUACAUGUGCAUCAACCCCUGCGACGUGACCGCGUCCAAGGAGAGCGUCGUGCCGAAGAAGGACGACCCGGAAGACGCGGUCGGCAAACUGGAAGCGGACGACGUCGUCCGCGUCAUCAACGGACCGGAAACGGUCAUCUUCCAGCCCCUGGGACAGGUAGUACAACGCUUGUUGCAGCGUAGAACGCGUCGUGCUAUGAUAUAUACGCAGGACAAGGAACAAGGAUCAAUCCGCAUGGUUUUUGAUGGAUGUAGUUUUCUGAGCUGCGAAUGCGUGAAGUUCAUACUAAGUCAGGAACGCGCAGGUCGUUCAUAUUCGUGCCAAAAAACUCAAUCUCAGGCUCCCUACGAGGUGAUGCGGGUGGAGGUGACUCGUGUGCGCGACGGCUUGCAGGGAUGGGUGAACAUUCGGGAACCAAAGAACAGUUUCGACAACCUGGAAAAGUACUCGAAUGGGUACGAGAUCAAGCAUAUCAAGUGCAAAAAUGUCUGGGUCUGGAAGAAUGCAUGUUUGUCAUGCUUGUCUAGCAUAACUCUUAAGUCUGUCAUGCACGUUACCCAAGAGCUCCAUUUUUCUGUGAUGCAGAAACGCAGUUUGUCAUGCAGAAUAGGCAACACCUAGAAUCUCAGAAACCUGUCAUGCUGAGCCCGCAUUUGUGGCCUCAUCAUGAGACGGCACCCAGCAUCACAAGUUUCCAGACCCAGACAUUUUUACAUUUGAUAAAGCAGGAGACCGUGAUUACCAACACCUACGAGCUUAAGGGCUUCAAAGUUAUCCGAAGGGUGAAGAAGGAUGAAAAGGUAUCAUGCUUACGUUGUCUAAUACUGCGUGAAUGCAUCUGUUGAUUUCUUGUGCACGCAGACGUACUAUGGUUUAUUUACAUGCAUGCGAAUGGACCUGGACGCCGAAAAAUGUAGACGGACAUGCGUGAUGAGCAGCAUAAGAUGAAGACGAAGCAGAAAGAAGUGCCGAGUUCUAGCGGUAUGAAAACCGUCGUCCACUUACCUCAAAAAAUCACUCCAUCAGAUGCUCGCUGUGUCGACUCCGGAGUGGCACAAGGAGGCGGAGCUGCUGCGAAUGAAGGUCCGUGCGAUGAUUGACGGUCAGGAGGGUUGGGUGACCAUGAAGGGCAGCCACGGCACCAUGUUCGUGCAGUCGCUGGCAGUGCUGCAGGCCAAGCAGAGCGGCGGCCAGGCCGGUGCCUUGAACCUGUUGAAGGAUGAGGAGACGGGCAAAAUGUACAUCUUGCAGGAAGGCGAGGCAAAAACCCGCAUUACCGGCAAGGAGUGGACCGACGAAAUGCUGCAGAAAGAACUCGGGGUAUAAUUUUCUAGAAGUUUUUUUUCCUUUUUCUUUGAUUUGGAGGACCGCAAAGCCCCCCGUGUCCUUGUUGCGACGAGGUUGACGAAGAAUAUUCGUUCUCGUGAUUGUAGCAGGCAGCGCAACACGUUAUACUACGAUAUAAAUUUCUUCAUCGUAGUUUCCAGCUUGUACAAUCGCAAUCUGUCACAGGUCUUGGCCACGGAGCUGCCGAAGGCGUGCGAGUCGAAGGUGAUUGCGGUGCAGUCGGUGAAGCAGGAGUGCGAGCAGGUGCUGCAGAAGCUGAAGCAGAUGAACAGCCAGUGCAAGCUGGAGGACGUGAACGUGGAGAAGAUUCUCGGGGCGAACGCGGAAAGCGACGACAGCAACACAAAAUCCGACAACGACACCGUGAUGCACCCCGAGUUCGACAAGGACUUCAAGACGCUGAUCGAGAAGUGCGACAACCACCUGCGGAAGGUGAACAGCGAGGUGGGCAUGAUCCGGCAGGAGAUGCAACUCUACUUCGGCGACCUGCAGAGCGUGAAGGCGUCGGACCAAAUCAUGAAGUACCUGCGGGAGCUGAAGACGCCCGACCUGCUCAAGUACCACAGCUACGCGGAAGAGGACAACAAGAGUGCAGCUGCCGCACCCGCGGACAAGGACGGCGACGUGGAGAUGAAGGACGGUGAGAACCAAGACGUGGAGAUGAAGGAGCCGAACCGGCCGAACGAGGCGGACAUGGACCCGAUGCUGCGGCUGAAGUACCGGCUGUUCCUGGUGCAGAAGCACGUGGACAGCUUGGUAGAGUUCAUGCGCAACACGCAGAGCAGCAAGUUGGAGAACAAGGAGCAGCUGAACAAGAAAUUUGUGGCCUACAAGAAGGGGCUGGAACUCCGGGAGUUCAAGCAGAUCGCGUCGGUCGUGAAAAAGGAGGUCGCGGAGAAGGAUGCCAAGGUCACGUCGUUGGAAAGCAUAAAAAAGAAGCUCUACACCGACAUCACCGGGGAAGAACCAGAGGUGCCAACCAGCAAAGACGACAAGGAAAAGGAAGGGGAGGCUGCUGCGGGUACUAAAUUUGUGCUGCUAUGUAUAGAUCAUGAUUUCAUCAGACGUGUUGUUCAGAAUUUUCGAUCACGGCACGAUGCGGUCGAAGUUCGUUUCUAUUUGAAAAUUUAGGAAAGAUUAUUUGGUGAUGUUUUCUUCAAGUCAAUGCUUAAUACGCGCAGGACGUGGAAAUAUCGCGAGCAAAUUCGAUGUCCGACAUCUAGAUGAAUGUUAAAGAAAAAAAAUCAUCCACAUCACCAGACGCAGACGACAGUUCCCCGAACAAGAAGGCGAUUAAUCAGAAGCCGGUUCACAGUGCGAAGCAGCUGUGCGAGCUGGGGAUUCACUUCGAGGAGAAGGUGAACGAGCUGGACCAUUUCUUGAACGACAUCGAACUCUGGUCAAAGGAGAACGACCCCGCAAAGUUUCUGCAGAACAAGGAGCAGUUCAAACUGCUGACCAACACGGAGAAAGCGCAGGUCGUGCAGUCCUGCCUUCCGAGCUACUCGAGUCUGAAGCAGCGCAUGUUCAAGUCCAAGCACGGCGUGCAGGUGGACAGGACGUAUCUGAAGGAAAACCUGGAGUCCGACAUCCUUCUCCGUUCCCGCACGGAGAUCGCUACCUUCUUCCGGGAAAACGACCCGGUCGAGCUGUUUGAGCAGAAACUGAAGCAGCUGAACCCGGAGAACGAGAAGUUAGAGAAGGACAAACAGUGGAUCAGUUGCGAGAUUGUGUGCAAUUUCAUGCAGGAAGCCAUGUCGGACCCGAUCCCGCCGGCCAUCAUCAAAAAGAUCUACAGCGUGCUGGUCGGCAACGACAAGAGGCCCAUGAGCUGCGACGAAUUCUCCAACCUGUUCGCGAAGAUGCACUACCGCUGCACCAAGCCGACGAUCAUGACCGAGGGCCAGAGUCUUGCGGGCAAGUUCCAGAAGGUGUGCCGCCUGCAGGCGGGCGACAUUGUGCGACUCAUUGGCGACGUCAAGAAGUCCGAAGACAUGGUGCGGUUCGAGGCCGAAACCGUCCCGAGCCCAACCGACGAAGACCAGACACUCAAGCGCGGCUGGGUCACGCUGCACGGUACGAUAGAUUAGAUUAGCUUGAUGUCUUACUUAUUCGCUUGUUCAUUUCGGCCCCGCCCUCCACCUUCAGUUUUAUUUUUCAGUCUAUGUACAUUUUACUUGUAACAACGCUGUAUUCUGUCGGUCAAGGCCGGGUCUGGUGGCGUGCAAAUCGACUUUCAUCUCUUGAUAAACAGGUGCGCGCGGCGGUACCUUUUUCGUGCUCCACACUCCGGGUUACGUGGUAAUCAAGCAAACCGUACUGACCGACAUCUUCGAGAUGAAGGCGUUCCGCCCGGUGGUGCGACUGACCGUGGGCGACCAAGUGCGGGCCAUCGCGUUCCCGCGAAAAGAGGCAACCAGCGGACUCAUCCGCGUCAAGGCGGUCACGGUGGGCCACAAGAGCGGCAAGGACUACACGGGAUUUGUAACGGUCGAGGGGAACCAGAACUCGGUUUACCUCGAGACCUGCGAGGCUCUUAUCUUCCCCGACGACAAAAAGCCGGACGGAACCGCCGCCAAGCCGACGGCUGCGCGCUUGUCCACCGCCUCGGCAAAAAAGGAGGAACCCGCCAAGGUUGAACUCAGCAAAAGCAGCGUCGAACCUGAGGGAGCGAAGAAGGAGUUGUGAUGGGGCAGGCGACGAAAAUUCUGAGCGACUCGAAAUACAAUAUGUGCAUCUGGUUUUUUGAUAGAACUACAGAACCAGCAAGGUAAAUGAACCCGCCUCAAGAGUACUUACAAGUAGUACCUACAUCAAGUAAUUUGACAGAACCCUCUGAGGCAAUGACAUGCACAUACUUCCAAUUCCUAACGCGACUAUUGUUUAUACCUACCAUUAUCAACAAGUUCAACUUCGAAAAUUGACAUUCAUCGUAGAGCACUAUCGGACUUUUCCGCGAUCUGGUAGACAAGGAUGGAGAACUAUUCAUUAUUGAAAAUAAUGUACUAGGACUAGGAAUGAGAUUUUGACACAUGAGAAGUAUAUUGGAAUGGUAGUUUUGAACUACAAUAUCGUGCUUUCCCAAAAUGUAACCACAAGAAUUUGCGACCGCGAAGAAAAUGUAAGUACAGCAUGUUCGGCUUCGGCUGAACGCAUUCGAAGAAUUUUACGGUUAAAAAUGCACCAAGGAAGAGGCGGAUGUCAUCGAAUGUUAUUGCGAUGAUCAACUACAACAUGCUUUCCACAUCUUUGUUUUGCUGAUAUGAUUUAUGCUGUAAGAGAGAUCCCAGUCGUGGCUUCGCCUUCUUGCAGUCAAAAAGUUCCCCUCCCAAUUUCGACGCUUACACUAUUGCGCCUAAGACAUUCAUGAAUCAAAUGGAAU